CCUAUUGGAUGAGCAGGGCAGGGGAUACUGCAAGUGAUGGGAGAGAGAGGAGGAGGAGAGGGAGGAGAGGGAGAGCUCCUCUUUCCAUCGGCAGACACACAGCGCUCGUUAAUAGACUCCAGAUGCCUUCACAGAAAACGCACGUCAGUCGGCUGUGUGGAUUGCCUCUUCUCUCCUGAAUCAUCACACCCCCCCAGUCGCUCUUUCUGACAUCGAACACGAGCAGAUUAUGGGCUCGCAUCCCCUUCCACAACACGUGGAAAGCUUAUUUACGAGCCUCGCGUCCGUGCGCCCGUCGUCCCUGUGAUGGAGGAGCGCGGCGGUGGUGCAUCGCUGGAGACGAGUGAGAGGCGCAGAGGAGAUAAUCAAUGAAGACACCCGGAGCUGCUGUGCGUUUGGACAAGGUCAGAGUCUAGCCUGGAUGAGAUUGCUGCCCAUGUGGAGACUGCAAGGGCGGACUUUGAUGCUUCCUCUCCGGGGACGCGGUUGCCUGGGGAUGUCCCCCGAAAACCAGGAGUUUCUCUGUUCGCUCGCAGAGGCGGCAAAAAAAUCCCCCCAACCGAGCGUGAUCGCGCCCGGGCUUUAUUUCUGACAACCCGCACGCUGCGUAAAGUUUCUCCGUUGGCGCUCGACGGGCGGCUCGUUUGUUCGCCCACAUCGCACGUAGUUGAACUGAGGUGAUUCGGAGGCUGCUGGUUAAAGGGGGGCAGCGGUGGACUUGAAUUCCAUCAGAGCAGCAGCAGCACAACAACACAAACCGGCGGCGAUCCAGCUGCGCUCCUGGACGGUCACAUCUGUCGUCGUCGUCGCUGUCCAUGGUGCUGAAGUCGUGCUCCAGGAAUGGUGGAGACGCUGAGUAUCGCAGUGAUCGGUGCUCCCGGAGUGGGCAAAACUUCUAUAAUCCGCCAGUUCAUCUAUAACGAUUUCUCGGAGGUGUACACGCCGACCAGGACCAGAUAUGUGUACAGACCCUCCGUCAUUCUGAACGGGAACAUUUAUGAGCUGAAGGUUUUGGACGUCCCGCCAAUCUCCUCUUUUCCAUCCAGCUCCAGUCAGGAGUGGCUGGAUUUACGUUGCAGAGGCGUCCGCAAUGCCAACGCUUACAUCCUGGUGUACGACAUCUGCUGCGUGGAGAGCUUUGAAUAUGUCAAAAUGAUCAGACAGCAGAUAGUAGAGCACAGGGAAGGCAGCAGCAGCGAGGUGCCAAUCCUGGUGGUGGGCAACAAGAGGGACCUGCAGCGGCAGCGCUUCAUGCCUCGCAGGGCGGUGUCUGUCCUGGUGAAGAAGACCUGGAAGUGCGGUUAUGUGGAGUGCUCUGCCAAGUUUAACUGGCAUGUUGUCCUGCUCUUCAAGGAGCUGCUGGGCAUCGCUGUGGCACGAGGCAUGCGCCAGAACCACACCUCCAUCCGGCUUCAGGGGGCGCUACAGAGGAAUCGCUGCACCAUCAUGUGACCCUGAGAACUCCCUCCACCCCUCUCAACCCUAAGGAGAGGUGGAGUGGCAGUGGAGGAAAAGGACUUUUUAUCUAAAUGGCUGGAAAAAUACCCCGUGGCCUCCUGCUUUACUGAGCUGAUUUUUUCAUAAUGAGGUUUAUUAGACUCUUGCGCUGUAUAAGACACUAAAACUUCACACAUGGUCAUCCAACCACUUCCUAGUCAAAUUCUGCCAGCUAUGUAGAGACAAGGAAGGAGGUAGAAGAGAAAGCAGGUAUAUAUAAAAACAAUACAAUUAUCAUAGCACAGUUAUUUUUGUCACAUCAACUAGACAGUUAAACAUUUAAGGCUGUGCUUCCGAAAAUAACACAGCAGCAUGUCUGAAACUGGGCCUGACAGGAUGGAAGCUGUUUUCAUGAGACUCAAAACGGAGAGACAGCAAUAUCAUCGAGUCUUCCUUUUGAAUUUGUCACAUUCAGUAACGUCAACAGCAGAAGCUCAUACUUGACAUGUUUGGGUUUACUUAAGGGUAUGAAAGGAAAUGGUCAUGGAAUAGUAAAGAGCAUUAAAGAUAGUAGUAAAGAUUAUCUCAAAAUGUACAUAGAUAGAUAUGAUUAGGUGGUGUCUUAUUUUAGAUUCAGAGAAGUAGCCUGCAUUUUUUUCCUUCCCCUGUUGCUGUUACAAAUUUGGCCUACGGUAGAAGCUGUUUGCUCAGAGGAAGGGUGUUUUAAGGUUGUCUUGCAGCAGAAAAUACUGCAGUCCCUUAUCAUGAUGUACUGUAGGACUUUAAUCUGCUCCCUCCCCUCACUCAGUGUCUGUUUCUGAUGAAUACAUUAAAUCCAGGGAACUGGGGACCUGCAGGAGGCUGCAGAGCCUGAAACGAGAACCUGUACACACAUUGUGGUUGUUUGUGUGUCUGUGUGUAAGUGUGUGUAUGUGUGUGACAGAGGGAUAGUAAGUGAAGGAGACGGAGAGAUACAGGUUUGAUUGCUGACAUUCAGGCAAGCAAAGGACAGACACAGCAAGAUAAAAGAUGGAUGUUGAAGCUUUGGAUUAGAAAGGAGCAAUAAAUCCCACCGGGAUGUCCUGACUGACUAUAUGUACCACAAUGUUAUAUUAAAAAUGCCUCACAUGCAAAAGAUGUAAUCCUCUCACGCUCAAGAUAUCCUGCACAAGUAAGACAGCAGAGCUUCACAGACACAAACGGAUCAUUAAUAUAGCUUUCAUACAAAUAUCUGAUUACUAUUCAAUUGGUAAUGUUGUGAGAUUAACAGUUGCUUUUUCAUUUGAUUAGGCUGAGAUAGGUACUUUGUGAAUAUGGCUGCACUGAAAGUAAGCAGACCUAUUGUAUAUAAGAGUGAUUCAUAGAGUAAUUGAAUUGCAUGCUUUUGUUGGUAGAGCCAACGGGUCAGGGUUUAAUUGCACUGAUGUGGAAAUGUGAUAUUGUGUUUAAUUUUUGUAAUACAUGGUUUUCUGACACUGUAAUGAGCAGCUGAGUGGAGUGAAUGUGGUCGUUUUUCACUGGCAUGUGAGAGCACAAGCUCAUGAUUCUCUCCAAGAUGUAGUGUUGAACCCUUCAAUCAGGACAGAUGGCUGUGUUAGUUUCCCUGUUUUGUUUGUUUUCUAGUUUUCAAAAAAAAAAGAGAAAUAUGUAGCAGAGAUACACUAGAAAGCAAAUGUGUGUAGCAUGAGUUGUCAUCGUUUGUUUGUGGGCGCAUUUUCAAAUAAAAAGGGCUACAGUUUUUUAUCAGAAACAUUACUUAUGUAUUUAUUUUUAUGGUGUUGGUACUGUGAGUAAUUUUGCUUAUUUUGACACAUGAUGAAUUAUUAAAUGCAUUUGAGAACAGCAA